AGCUCUGGGCCCGAGAUUGACAAGAAACCGAAGCAGAUCGCUCCACGGGCCAGCCAACACUCCCUUCUUUUCAGAAUCCCUGACUUGGGCCGUGUUGAGGCCCUUGCCUUCAAGUCACGAUGACUGAAUCUGAAGCGGGUGACGAUGAGAUCGCGCAACUGGAGAGUUCCAGGAGUUUUCAAAUGAGCCUCGUGCUCAAGAUCAUGAAGGCAGACCUGACCAAGAACUUUGACAAGUUUGGCAGGAUGGAUCCCUUUGCGGUGGUCGAGUGGAGAACCAGCGAUGACUCCUUUGUGCUGUCCAAGACUCGCAAAGACUGGAACUCGCACAUGAAUCCAGUGUGGGAGCAUACCUGCCGGCCGCGACCCUUCGAAGGAAAUGAGACGAUCCGCAUCGAGGUCUUUGAUGCCAACAUGGUGUCGCAGAAUACGCCCUGCGGUCAUGCAGAAGUCCAAGUGGCAGAGCUCAUUUCUGGGCUCACGGGAGGAGUGCCGAGUCCCACUCAGGCCGAGAGGCAUAACGAGUUGAAGCUUCCCUUGAAGCUGAAUAAGGAGGACACGGGCACCGUGGUUGUGCAGGCGAUGGUGGUCCCCAUCCACAAGUGCAAGAAGGCGGAGCUGACGAAGGUUGACAGCAGCCUUUUUGAGACUCCGGUGAAGCGCUUGGGCGUGUCUGGGGGCACGGCGCCUUUUUUCAAACUACAUCUGAAGGAUGGGAGGUCGCCUUCUUUUUACAUUGGCAAAGACCUGAGCAGAGCGUCCGACGAAGUCGACUUCUAUGAGGAGGUUCAGGAAUGCAGGCAGACGCCCAGCGCUGCGAGCCUUCUGCCACUCUUUGAGUUCACCUUUGAUUAUGCGGGAAUCCUCAAAGUCCACGAGGAAGGGAAGGAGAACAAGAAGCCACUGGACCUUCUUGUGCUCCGAAAUCUGCACGACGGCAUGACCAAACUCCGGUUGCUGGAUAUCAAGAUCGGGCAGAAGACAGCUCAGGCAGGAUGGCAGGGCAAGUCUCGAGCGGCAGCGCUGAGACAAGCGAUCAUUGACGGGCACACCAACUCCGCCGGCGAGGGUUUCCGCCUCGAGGGCUUCGACGGCCAGCCGGAGACGCUGAAAUCUCUGGACCCGCUGCUGGAUUUGGGGCAUGGAAGCGAGAAGAUGGCAAAGAAGGCCAUGCGCAUCAUGCUGCAGCGAAUGCAUGCAGCCACUAUGCUUCUGUACCUGGUUGACUUGCAGGACCUUCCGCCGCCAAGCCAGGUGCAAUUGACAAACACACUGAGUCAGUCAGAGAUGGCUGAGAUCGUGCUACAUGAGAUGGUGAGGCGCCUGACGCGUCUCAGCAUCGCUUGCGUGAAGUGCUCAGUGCCGCAGAAGUGGAUCGGCAGCUCCGUUGCCCUGGGCUUUGAUGUUGGCGAGCUGACAAAGCGCGGGGAAGAAGAGCAGCUGCGUGAGAAGGUCAUCGUGUCCAUUUUCGACUGGGGCCGGUCGGAGCUCAACACGCUCGAGAAGCAUGCUGACUUGUCAGCAGCAGACCAGGCGGAUCGGCACGAGUACUGGCAAUACUAUGUCGGCGGCAUCAUGCGUUUGUCCUUGGAGGUCACUCGGGCCUACUUUCAGCGAUUUGGCAACGCCGGAACUUGGGACAGCGUGGCCUUCAUGAUCUACGACUUUGAUUCCAUGUCGGAAAAUGACUUCAUGGGCAAGGUCGAAGUGCCUCUUGAGGAAACCAAGGAGAUGACUGAACACGUCACCUUCAAUCCGAGGAUGAACCGACUUGCCAGCGGCGUGGCAUCCUUUCAGCGGUGCUGCUGGAAGAAGAAAGCAAAGCUGACCUACUCCAUUGAGUGGGUGUCACAUCCAAGCUUCUCCAGAUUGGCAGGGGUUUGGAGGGUCAAGCUGAUCAGAGCGGUCAACCUGCCCCGUGAGGACCUCAUGAUGAUCAAGGGGUCGUCAGACCCGCUGGUUGAGGUGAUCGCGCAUUCUGCGGAUGGUUUCUGCUUCCGACAGAGAAGCAGCUCGAAGAUCAGGUCACUCAAUCCUGAGUGGAAUGAGGUCUUCGAAGUGCCCGUGACAAGGUCAGCAGACACUCUGCAGGAGGCGCUGGCCGAGAGCGGCGUUCAGUUGCCAAGCGACCUUGAGACAGGACAGCUGCUCCCGCCGGAGAAGACAAAGGCCGAGAUGUUGAUGGAAGCUGGUGGCAGAAAGCGUCGCGCCUCGGUCAGCAGCCUAUGCAGCGAGGAGGUGGUCCAAGAGCGGAAGGAGUCGGGGGAGAUGACAUCUCAUCAGCAAAGCCUGAAUGAGCGGAAACGAAAGCAAGCUUGGGUGUCGCUGAUCACCGCGGCGGCGGAAGCGCAGUCGGUGACGAAGCAGGCGAAGUUCGCACAGAGUUGGCACGGGCCCCAUGCGAGCUAUCAGGAAAGCCGGCUGCCAGAGGAGGUUCGCCUUGGAGCUGCUCGCAUUGUAGCUGACACGGAGGACGUGCUUCUCAGGAGGGAGAACAUCGUUGCCUGUGACACAGUCUGGAAGGUGGAAGGGGAUGAGGGCAAGCCAGAGGGCGAGUGCUGUGCCGCAGCGGAAGGGUGCCGCUUUAUGUGAGCCCCGUCAGCGUCUCACAUUUCCCAAAUUCAAUUUGCUCGGCCCUGGCCAUAUACCUACCGCCAG